UUGAAGAGGAACGUUGGAGCCUUCCUCCAAAAGCAAGGGUCGUCUGGCUCUUCCCUUCUCUAUAGGAAUUCCGUUGGGUACAAAUCACGCAGUCACCCGACCUCCCUGGAUCCCCCAAAUCUACACCAACCAAGCUUCAACUAACCUCACUGAAGCAUGCAACGGUGGACUUUAAACGCUUGCUGACCGUCGAACCCCAGCAUAUCCUGCUUCGCGCGUACAACAAGUUUAUCUCUUCUCUGCCGUCAAGAUAUCACAUAUCGGCUGACAAAGACGGCAAGUCAGAACGCGCGCGUUGACCGUAACAGAUUGACGCCCAUUUUUCUCGUAACCCACAUUGCCCGCUCUCUUGCACAUUGUGCGAAACGCAUUUUCAACUUUCCUCAGGAGACGAUAUGGAACGCAGCAAAGCGUCUGGCGACGGGACCUCAAAGAUUCCGGUGUUCCGUGCUCCGUCGGAGGCAGUGGUCGCCGAGAAAGGCCUAGAUUUCAAGUUGAAGCAAAUCGACGACCUUCUUCGAAAGCCCGACAUCGCGGUGGACGGCGUCACCAAAUUUGUGCUCGGAUUCUGCAAGGAUCAUGCUCACAUCGUGAGACAGCUGCAAGCACAGGUCGAAACUUUGAAAGCCGAAAACAACGCUGUGAAGCAGAAGGUGAAAAGACUCCAACAGGACUUGGAUGAAGUCUCUGGAAAAGUGUCAUCAACAAAUGAGGACCUCGAAUCAGUUCGCGCUCUGGUUGGGCAGGCUACGAGUGAGGCUGGCCAGUCUGUUGAAUACUUGAAGAACGACGUCAAGAAAGUGGCGUCAAAGUUGAGCGAAUUUGAGGCCGAAGUCGGUUCACGUUUCAAAGACGUCCCGAAUGUGCAACGUGUCUCUAUGAUGGUACAAGAUGUUUCAUCUUCCACAGCGAAUUCUUUGGCAGGUAGGCUCCUUACGGAGAUGGAGACAAAGGCGUCAGCGAGUGACUUUGAGCAGGUUAAGAAUGACGUGACGAAAAUAAUCGAUCGUGUGAAAUUUGUGGAAGACAAAAACGACGCAGAUGUUGCAAAGAUGAAAGCGCUCGACCGCCUGGAACGCGAUGGAGGACCGUCGUCUCCGAAGUGCCUCGUCGAGUUGCACGUCUUGAGGGGCGGUGCAAGAGACGUGCCUCUAAGGUGGAACUUGCCGGAAUAUGAAAAGUUGAAAACCUUGUCGAAGACCGAUACGGCUUUUAGGGCGUUCAGUCGGCCAGUUGGUGUCGAAAAAGAAGGCUCUGUGAGGUGCGUCUUGAGGCUGUGUGCCACAUUCGGUGUCGUCGCUCAAGAGGGAGAAGAGUGUGUCCAGUUUGGUGUGGAAGUCCUUCACGCGACCAAGUGUACGAAGAAGUUCGAUUUCUACUUCCGACUCAUGGAUGGAACGGGAAAGGGGCGUCACCUAGUGAAGACAUUUUCUUCAAAUGAGGUGUUUGUGCCCAGAUACUGGCUUCCGCACGGAAGGGGUACUACCAGGCUGGUUAGCUUCGCCGUCCUCUUGUCUGAGGAAAGGAUGCAGAAAGAAGGAUAUUUAUUCAAGGACAGUUUGAACGUUGAGAUUGGGUUGCAGUGAUGCGAAUAUGCGUGUUAUGAACCGCAUGACAAGCUCUGUGCCACUGACUGGAUUGCGCGCGACAUGACUAAGAGGAACGCGGCGUCUACCUUUGGAUUUGCGCGUGGAAAUAAAGUCAUAUACACUUUC